CGCGACGCGUAGGCGAGAGGCGGCGCUGCGCCAGCACACGUUCUUCCUGCUCAGGGUGCUGCUUCGCCGCGGAGUCGACCUCGCGCCGCGGGACAAGGCGGGCACGAGCGACCCGUACGUCAAGUUCAAGGUGGGCGGGCGGCUGCUGUACAAGUCGCGCACCAUCUACCGCGACCUCAACCCCGUGUGGGACGAGUCCUUCUGCCUGCCCAUCGAGGACCCCUUCACGCCCGUCCACAUCAAGGUGUUUGAUUAUGACUGGGGCCUGCAGGACGACUUCAUGGGCUCCGCCUACCUCGACGUCAGCAAGCUGGACCUGGGCAGGGCGACCGAGAUAACGCUGCCGCUGCGGGACCCGGCCAAGACGACGGAGUACCUGGGCGAGCUGCAGCUCACGGCGACGCUGUGGCCCCGCUCCCAGGAGGACAAGGAGCAGUAUUUCCAGCGUAACACUAAACUGAGUGAUGUUAAUCGCCGCCUGAAGAGCCAAAUCUGGAGUUCUGUAGUUACAAUCGUUCUUGUGGAAGGGAAGAAUCUCCUGCCAAUGGACAUUGAUGGCUUCAGUGACCCAUAUGCCAAGUUCAGACUUGGCAAUGAGAAAUAUAAGAGCAAAGUAGUCUAUAAAAGCCUUAAUCCUAGUUGGCUAGAACAGUUUGAUCUGCAUAUGUAUGAUGAUCAGUCACAAGAAUUGGAAAUAACAAUUUGGGAUAAAGAUCGCUCUAAAGAUGAUUUUAUGGGCAGAUGUAUGAUAGACUUAACAAACUUUGAACGAGAAAAGACUCACCGUAUCUGGCAAGAGCUUGAGGAUGGAGCUGGUUCCAUAUUUCUGUUGUUGACAAUAAGUGGUACAACAGCAUCUGAGACAAUCUCAGAUCUUACAACUUAUGAAGAAAAUCCAAAGGAAAGAGAAAAGUUGCAUCAUCGAUAUGCUCUUGUGAAUAGUUUGCAGAAUCUACGUGAUGUUGGUCACUUGACUGUAAAAGUUUUCAGAGCUCAAGGUCUGGCAGCAGCAGAUCUUGGUGGAAAAUCAGAUCCAUUCUGUGUGCUUGAACUUGUAAAUGCUCGUUUACAGACACAGACAGAGUAUAAGACACUGUCACCAUCAUGGCAGAAGAUAUUCACAUUCAAUGUGAAAGAUAUCAACUCUGUGCUGGAAGUAACUGUAUAUGAUGAAGACAGGGAUCAUAAAGUUGAGUUCCUAGGAAAAGUGGCAAUCCCACUCCUAAGGAUAAGAAAUGGGGAGAAAAAGUGGUAUGCCCUAAAAGACAAGAAACUACAUGGACGAGCUAAAGGAAACUGUCCACAAAUAUUAUUGGAAAUGACUGUGAUCUGGAACCCUAUUCGUGCAAGUGUGAGAACAUUAAAUCCAAAAGAAGAAAAAUACAUGCAAGGAGAAGUAAAAUUCAAACGCCAAGUGUUUGUCAGGAAUGUAAUGAGGCUAAAGGCAAUCAUUAUGAACAUCAUAGACAUAACAAAAUAUGUUCAGAGCUGUUUUGAGUGGGAAUCAACACCAAGAAGUAUUAUAUCAUUUGUGAUUUUCAUAUUUCUGUGUUACUAUUUUGAGCCAUAUAUGAUUCCAGUAGCACUGCUGCUGAUCUUCUUCAAGUCAUAUAUAGUCAUGUCACUGACUGGCAGCUGGACAGUACAUGACGAAGAUGAAGAGCCACUUGGGGAUGAUGAUGAUGAAGAAGAUGACAAAGAUAAGGAGGAGAAGAAGAGCCUGAAGGAAAGGCUGCAGGCCAUUCAGGAAGUGACACAAAGUGUUCAGAAUGCCAUAGGGUACAUUGCAUCAUUAGGGGAGAGCAUUAAAAACACAUUCAACUUUACUGUUCCAUACUUAUCAGUCCUGGCAAUCAUGAUGUGCUUAGCUGGGGCCAUCGUUCUGUACCUUGUGCCAGUUCGAUACCUUAUAAUGGCAUGGGGAAUCAACAAAUUUUCUCGAAAGCUGGUUCGCCCUCAUACCGUCCCUAAUAAUGAAGUACUGGACCUGCUGUCUAGAGUACCUGAUGAUGAGGAUCUGAUUGCUUACAGGGAACUGAAACCUCAUCCCACCAGUGAUCUUGAGAGGCGGAGAGAUCAAAAGAAGAAACAUAAAGUCUCGUAACCUCUGCCAGUGGUGUUUGACACAAGGUGCACAGCAGUGGUACAUAUGUCACAAGCAUUAUGUGAAUCCUGAGGGGGUGAAUCAUUCAUUUGCUCCAUACACUGAAGAACCUUGUGUAUGCCUGUGAGGUUAAAAUUACAGUCAUGCAUAUUCUGAGAGUAUACUUCAGUCAUUCUGAUUCCCUUAUGUAAGACUCUGUGUGCAUAUAACUGUGAUGAGACUGACUUAUUAUCCUUACAACCUCAUAGCCUUUUUUAUUUAUGGACUGUUCACAUUUUUUACUAUUAACAUUCCUACUUUAAUACUUCCAGUUUAAUUAAAAAUAACUCUAAUUCCAUGUAUGUUUGUAGUGACUGGUCUCUGUUUCUGAUUGUGGUCUAGCUCUGUGUGUGUGUGUGUGUGUGUGUGUGUGUGUGUGUGUGUGUGUGUGUG